AUGCUGCUGGAGGGGCUUGCUCUCCUCUUGAACCCGAAUGCGGCAGGAGCGGGGAAGCAAUUAUUAAGCUGUAGACGUUGGCAGGGAGCGAGGCCUCAGAUGGAUUUUAACUCCAAACCUCAUCCACCACCCUGGGUGCUCAUUACCCAAGGCCUGGAUCCCAAUGCUGCAGCGAAUCCGAGGGCCGGGAAUCAGAGUUCCAGGUCACCUCUGUAG